CGUUUCAGAGGAACCAAUCCGGUUGUAGUCUGAGACUUUUUACCAUAAACCGCGAAAUGCGAAUUUCCUGUUUCUGUCAGCGUUCGUAUGCUCUUCUUACUACUUCAAAUUAGCCAUAAAACAUACCUUUUCACGACGUGUAAGGCAGUAUGAACACUGAGCACACUGCUGAAACUGACUGCACUGCAAAUAAUAGUCCACUUUCGACACCGGAGGCGAAGGACUUGAAGAAAGGAGUACUGAAGAGAACUCCAUUCUCAAAGUUUAAGAGAGUACACUCCAACUUCAAAUCACCUCUUCAAGUAUCUGAGAGUGCUAAAGUAAGUCCUGCAGAGGAGGUGGCAGAGCUCGAGAGGAGAAGAGAGCAGCUGGACACAGAGAUAGCACAGCUGGAGGCUGAGGGAUACAGAGUGGAGGAACUGGAGCAUCAUAUUGAUAUGCUGCAUGAAUACAAUGACAUCAAAGACAUUGGACAAUCACUCCUCGGACGUAUUGCUGCUCUAAGGGGGACAACCACACGAGAUCUCUACAGCCACUUCGGUCUGGAACUUGAUGACUGAAUAAAAAAAAAGACUGGUAAAAAUGUACGAAAACACAGUGUUGGGAAUUGUUCGUCUGGCAAAGGGUGGAGGGGUUAAACUCUGUUGACCUCAACCAGUGUCUUCAGACUGUAUGAAUUAGACUUGCCCAUCUUCUUGAUUGCCCAUCUUCGUGAUUCUGUUUUCACCUUUUCACAGAGGGAGAAUUGUGUGUGUGUGUAUGAGCUUGAUAAGAUGGGAAUGGUGGUGUUAGUCCCGCAGGCAGGCCUAAUAUUUGAAACAGGCCAUCUAAUCAAAACAAAUGUUCGUAUGUUUUUAUUCUCCAGCCUGUUGCCUGCGUCGGCUCUGCAAGAAUAUAAAUGCUGUUAAGACUAGUUACUUUGAAAGGACUUGGUUUGUUCUGACAUUUGAGCUUAUGUAAAUAGAGUUUGAAAAAGUAA